AUGCAUUCAAUUCGCCCCAGAUGGGCUGUAUCUGGCUUUGGCCUGCGGAACAGUAUAGGAUUGCGACUCGCUAGCAAAACCCGUGUUCAGACUCCCUUUACCUCCCGACUAACCACACAGCCAAUUCGAAAGAGUAGCUCUGCAGCAUCCCCAAAGAAGGCCUUCGAGGAGCGCGUGCAGCAGAUCAAAGAUGCUCGCGCAGACCCGUAUCCUCGCUUGGCAGUGGACAAACGCACAGUGACCUGCGCUGAGUUCCGCUCUCGCUACGCGGAGCUUGCCAACAAUGAUUCAGUAGAAGACACAGUCAUCGUCUCUGGAAGAAUCCGUACCUAUAGACUCGCGGGAAGCAAAUUGAUCUUCUUCGAUAUCGUGCAAGACGGCCAUAAGAUUCAGGUGAUGUGCAACAAGCGUCGUCUGGAAAAUAUCUCCCCCGAGGAAUUCAAGAAGUUCUAUCGUCUUCUGCGUCGCGGUGACGCUCUCUCUGUAACCGGUAGACCGCACCGCACUGGACGAGGCGAGCUCACGAUCGAUGUGAGUGAGUUGCCACAGCUGCUCUCGCCGUGUCUGCAUGACAUCCCCGUUCACGAUACCGCGCACGAAACCUCCCCUUACCCUCGCCAUGUCCAGUUCCUGGCUGAUCCUGCCACGGCGGAUAUCAUUCGAGCCCGCGCUGCUCUCAUACAGUAUCUGCGCCAGUUCUUCGUCGACCGGUCCUUCAUGGAGGUCAGCACCCCGAUCAUUGGGGCUGUAGCGGGCGGCGCAAUUGCUCGUCCGUUCUAUACUUGUGCCACCGAGUUCUCGGACCGUCAGCUGUCGCUGAGAAUCGCACCGGAGCUUUGGCUAAAGCGACUGGUGGUUGGUGGAUUCGACAAGGUCUUUGAGAUUGGACCUUCGUUCCGCAAUGAGGGACUGGACAAGACCCAUAACCCAGAGUUCACGACCUGUGAAUUCUACCACGCAUAUGCCAAUCUCGAGGACCUAAUGGCUAUGACUGAAGACCUUCUCUCCGGCAUGGCAACUCACAUCCGCGCCUCAAACACAACAGGCACUCUGAAUCCCACCACAGUCAGUUUUGCAACACCAUUCCGUCGGAUCGACUUCAUCACCGGCAUUGAAGAGGGGACUGGGCGUAAACUGCCUGACCUCGAAUCCCCCGACGCUCUGGAGAAAGUUCGAGCCAUCUUUACCGAACUUUCCAUUCCAGAACCUACGAACCCAACCCUUCCUCGACUCCUCGACGAGCUCUGCAGCAUCUACGUUGAAUCGCAGUGCAUUGACCCGACAUUCAUCAUCAACCCGCCCGAAUGCCUCUCCCCACUCUCUAAAUCCUUCAUCGACCCAACGACCAAGCAGCGCGUGGCCGCACGGGGAGAACUCUUCAUUGAGGGCAAGGAAGUGGUGAAUACAUACGAAGAGGAGAACUCGCCAUUUGAGCAGCGCCGCAAAUUCGAGGACCAGCUGCGAUUCGGCAAAGAUGCUGGUGAACCGGGCGAGAUUGACGAGAGCUACCUCGAAGCCUUGGAGUGGGGGCUCCCUUCCACCGGUGGAUGGGGAUGUGGCAUUGACCGUCUCUGUAUGCUGUUCACAGGGGCCAAGCGAAUUGGCGACGUGUUGCCAUUCGGGAAUCUUAGGGCCGUGACCAAACGGGCUGGGCAGUCGGGUAGUGAGGUAGCUUGA